AUGCGUUUCGCUACGAUCGCCGCCUCUGUCUCCGUCCUCGUCGCCGGCACCCAGGCCACAGGACCCAAUGCGCGCAACGAUCCUCACAUCUCUGACUUUCGCCUCUGGGGCUCACCCACAUGUAGCGGAACGCAAAACUAUGGCAUCUGGACAAUUCUUCAAUCUGACACCAACAAAUGCACAAGCCUGCACCAAUAUGACCCAACCGGCCCUUCUUUCAUCGGCGUCGGCCUGGGUGACAUCUCGGACAACUUCAAGCUCUUCCUUUUCGUUGAAGAGGACUGCUAUGGAGAAGCGAUCGAGGCCACCCUUGGAGGGUGUGAUGCCGCGAAAACAGAAUGGAAGUCUUUCAUUGUCAGGCAGUAG